AGGGACCUGGACCAUGGCGGCCGGGCCGCCGCUACGAGACCGCCUGAGCUUCCUUCACCGGCUCCCCAUUCUCCUGAAGGGGACUUCAGAUGAUGAUACCCCCUGCCCGGGCUACCUGUUUGAAGAGAUUGCCAAAAUCUCCCACGAGUCGCUGGGCAGCAGCCAGUGCCUGCUGGAAUAUCUGCUGAGCCGCUUGGACAGCAGUUCCGGGCACGUGAAGCUCAAGGUGCUGAAGAUCUUGCUGUACCUGUGCAGCCAUGGCUCCUCCUCCUUCCUGCUCAUCCUCCGACAAAACUCUGCCCUCAUCCAGGAAGCCACAGCUUUUGCGGGGCCCCCGGACCCUCUCCAUGGGAACAGCUUGUACCAGAAAGUGCGGGUCGCUGCCCAGGACCUGGGUAGCACCUUGUUCUCUGAUGCUGUGUUGCCUCUGACUCCCUCCCAGCCACCCCAGGCCUUGCCUCCAGCAGGCAUGGGUGCCCAGGCCAGGCCUCACAGUACCCUCCAGGGCUUUGGCUACAGUAAGGAACCAGGCAGGGCAGGCUCUGCGGGUGAGGCAUUCCUCUCCACCAUCCAGAGAGCUGCAGCAGCAGUGGCCAAUGUUGUGCGCCCCGGGCCCGAGAAUCCCAGUACCCGAGAGCCUAUGCCAAGAGGCGACACCUACCAGCCUGCCGUGACACCUUCAGCUAACCACACAUACCCUGUCCCUGGCAACCUGCUCCCUGGGGCCAUCUUGGGAUCCAGAGCUGUAAGGCAUCGUCCUGGGCAGGCUGGAGGAGGCUGGGAUGAACUGGAUUUCAGCCCCAACUCCCAGAAUUCCUCCCACACCAGUGACUUGAGCAAAGUCUCAGACUCGGGAAGUCGGUCUGGCAGUGACAGCCACUCAGGAGCCAGCCGGGAUCCAGGUGACCUGGCAGAAAGGGCUGAGGCUGUGACCCCGAGUGACUGCCAGCAGGAGCUGAACUUGGUAAUGUCUGUGACACAGGGGCCACGUGCCUUCCUGAGCCGCGAGGAGACCCAGCACUUUGUCAAAGAGUGUGGACUGCUCAACUGCGAGGCUGUGCUGGAGCUGCUUCUCCGCCAGCUGGGCACCACCAGCGAGUGUGAACAGAUGAGGGCACUCUGUGCCAUUGCUGGCCUUGGGGGCGCUGACCUUCUGCCACAGGAACGCAUCCUCCUUCUCUCCCGGCAGCGGCUACAGGAGCUCAGUGUGGGCAGCCCUGGGCCUGUGACCAGCAAGGCCACCAAGAUCCUUAGACACUUUGAAGCCUCCUGUGGGGAGCAGCCCCCAGCCCCUAGGCCCCGUGCCCAGCCAAGCCCUGCAGCUGCUCUCCUGGGUUCAUCUGAUUUGCUGACCGGCCCUGUGCCUCCCCCUGGAGGACAGGUCUUCCUCCAGCCCCUGAGUGCCGUCCCAGUCUUACCCAGGAGCCCCUCACCAACCCCAUCUCUGGAUGCGUGCCCCCUUCCCAUCCUGGGGGACACUAGUUGGGCCAAGACCAGAUGGACAAGUUCCAGCAAACAAGGACCAGGACCUGAAGAGAACUCAGAGAGCAAGAACACCCCAAAGCGUGGCUCAAGCAGGUGUCCAUGGAGCCCCAACUCCUUGUUUGCUGGCAUGGAGCUGGUGGCCUGCCCCCGCACACCCUGCCCAGACCCCCAGAUCUGUCAGUCAGGGAUGCAGGGGAUGGCCACAGAGCCUUCAGGCUCAGAGCCAUCAGUAUUUGAGUUUUUAAAUGCAUGACUGUGUGAGCCCAGCUGGAGAGUCCCAUUGUUCUCAGCUGGAGGCUCCUAGGACCCCAUGGUCUUGCAAUCCCUGUGCCUACAGUCCCCGUGCCCAAGUGGUUCUCCUUGGGUGUCUGCAGUCAGCCCCUUUUCCCUUCCCCCAUCAUGGCCACAGUAUAGCAUCCCCCAAGGCAGGUGAACUCCAGGUGGUCCUCCCAGCUGUUAGAAUAGUCACUGAGUGGCACAGAGCCCAUCAGUGCACAGAACAGCCAAGACCAAGAUGGGGAUGCAGAAGAUGGGGCUCGAUUCGUACCUCAGGAGUCGUCUGCACAGCCACUGUCCUUCAGGGAGUCAGCUCUCUGACAUUGGCCCCCCUUUCCCUGCUGGCCAGACCCACACAGUCCCUCCUGUAGGUCUGCCUGUGACUGGAGACCCACCUGCAGAGGUUUCUAACACAUCUGCAGGGCUAGUGCUUCUUGCAGGGUGCUGGCCAUGGUCCCUCAGCCUAUGCUGCCUCCCUUUCCAGGAAGCCUGAGGAGAGAGACCGACUCCAGCGCUACCUCAGUUCUCAUCCACACCCGCACCUUUUGCUAGAUGCUGGUGAUGUGGACUUGAGCUCUUACAGCAGCUGACAGGGCUGCGACUGCUGGUCUAGGGUCCCCUGAGACGGGCCUUCCUUGCCUGACCCUCAGAGCCAGCGUUGUUGGGCUUUGGAAACACCCACUUAGUUCGUAGUUCUGGUUUUGAUUGCAGAUUCUUCCCCAGGAAGGCCAUAAGAGCUCUGAGCCACUGCCUUUGGGGCAGGUCACGGAUGAGGUGCAUAUGGCCUGCGGGAUCUGGUACCCUCGAGCUGAAUGGCCAUCUCCAGUGUCGGGUCUCCACAGGAUCCUGCUGUGGCUCUUGUACCACUCAGUGUGCCGCAGUUGCUUCCUGCAGACUGUGGGAGUGUCUGCUCACACAUCCUGACAUCUCAGAAGUCCCUGGGGAGCUGGCAUGUACACUUCCCAGUAAACACCGUUGUUUACAGAAA